CGUCUCGUGCUUCCGACGACCUUGCAUUCUGGCAUGCUGUGGGCGAGGGAGAGAUUCGAGCCAUUUAAAGAAAGCUAGAUGACUCGCUGAAACGGCUUUCUAUCGAAGGCCCCCUACACCCCCCAAAAAGAAAAAAAAAAAAAAGAAUCCAAUCUUCUUGCCUGGCUUCAAGCAAGCAAUGCACUCUUUCUUCUUUUUCGCAGCAGUCGCAAUGGUGGCCUCUGAUGGUCUGGCGGCACCCUCGCGUCGCCACACCGUGCCCCUCUCGGAAUUGCUGGAGCGAGGUAUGCCCGCUGCUCGCACGCCAGCAACUUUGGACACUCGAGACAAGACUGGCAACGGCACCCAUUGCCAGCAGGCUUUCCAGCCCUACGUGGAGUACUCGUCGACCACACAGAACGUAGGGCUUUGCAAUCCAGUCGACAUGGUCCAGAUUGCCAUGGACUAUGCUUGCAGUCCCAGUGCCGGCCCUGGGUCCUGCCACGCCGGACUGCAGCCCGACUGCUCCUUCAACGACAAGACCGUCAAGGUCGACCCUCCCGUGGGCCAGUGCACCGUGUCAAUCGACGGCCAGUGGCAAGACGGCCACGGCGACCUGCUGGGCAAGAUGGUCAUCGAGUCUCUCCGGGCCUACAUGGAUAAUCAGGGCGACAAGGCCUCCAAGACGCUCCAAGAGACUGGCUUUACGCUGCAGCAGUACAUCAUGCCAAGCAUCAUCGUUGCUGGCCUUCGAAACUACAACUACGGUCCUGGCGUCGAGACUCUCGACAAAGGCAAAGCCAGCAGCGGCAAAACACAUGCCAGCAACACUGACAAGCAGGCCGGUGAUUCGUGCGUGACCAUCUAUGCGAACGAUCCUCCCAAGAUGACCAUGACCGUGGACUGCAAGGCCGACGCGGGCAGCACAUUGACCUGUGACUCGCUCAAGGGCUUCCUCGGUGCGCUGGUCAGCAUUCUUGGAGGUCUUGUCAGCACCUUUGCACCCGAACUCAAGUUGCCAGAAGAGGCUCUGAAAAAGGGCCUCCAGUCCGCUGCUAUCAGCGCAGGCACCUCUGCAGCCACGACGGGAUCACAGACGGGUCUUGGGAACAGUGGAGUCUGCUCAAAGUAAAUACUCCCGAGCUCCGUGUACAUUUCGCUUUGAUUUCAGGCUUGCGUGCUGUUGCAAUAAUGAGC